AUGGCUGAUUCAGAGACUCCAAGUACCACUGCAGCCAGGCUGUCGAAGAAAGCAAUUCUACUAUCAUGGCGGACAUUGCGCUCGCAUACAUUCCUGGUUAUCAUGAAAGCUGCUCUGCCACCCACUGUCGUAGUUGCCAUGUCCUUGUCUGAUUCGAUUUUACAUACCACCGGUAGCACUACCCAUAUAGCUGCUGCCGCAGUGAUCAUAUCUCAUUGUCUCAUGCCUCGCGGCAAGUUUCUCAAGAUCAUGAUCUUCAAUAUUUUGGCAUUGUGCAUGGCCUUCUUAUUUUCAUGUCUAGCGCUCUAUUGUUCUGUCAAGGCAGGGGAGCAUAACCGCCGUAUUCAUGCUCCUAAUCACGCAAACAAUGGAUAUAAUAGCGACGCCAACGCUGUCGCUGCUAUAUGGCUCAUUGUAACAAUCUGGAUAGCAAAUUCAGUGCGUUCGUGGCGUCCGGCGGAGCUGCAAAAUCCCGUUAUUAGCUUUUCAUUCUUCACGGCCGUUACCAUUACCCAUUUCGGUAAUUAUUCAACUUUUGAUGAAGGCAUUGAUUACACGUUGAAGCUCUUUGAUAGUAUACUGAUUGGAUUUGCAAUUGCCUCUGCUGUCUCAUUAUUCAUCCUUCCUAUUACUAGCCGCGGCUUCUUUUUCCAAGACGCAAGAGACUAUGCUUUACUGAUAGAGUCUGUGCUUCAAGAGCAAGCUGCCUUUGUGGGAGACACAGUGGAAAAUUUAGCUGUGUGGUUUGCUCAUGGGAAUUUGAGACGAGCUCAACAGAUGCAAAAUCGGCCAAAUGACGAAACUGUGGAUGAAACGAAUUUCCCAUCUAAAUUACAUCCCUCAAAACAAAAAGUGCAGACAACAAUGGCUAAAUUGGACUCUCUAUUCAGCAAAUUACAGUACGAUCUGUUGUAUUCACGGAGUGAGUUUGCUAUAGGGAAACUGCGUAUCGAAGACCUCGCGAAGAUCGAAGAGUUACUAGGUUCUGUUCUUUUACCAAUCUCCGGCAUCUCGAUGCUUCCAGGUAUCCUUGAGAUGCACAUCAAAUACGAAAGGCACCAACAAAUGAAAAUGAUGGCGAAUGACCCGGAUGAAGAAGUUCUCAUGAAGCAAUCAGAAUUACGAAAGGCAGUAGAUACGCUUCAGGAGCACUUAUCCGAGACAGCUGUCUUGGGUACUACGGGCAUUCAAUACUUUCUCCUAGUGAUGGAAUUAAUGACCCCCAAACAGUUUCAGAAACAGCGGAAACCUGAUGCAGCAUUCGCUAUUCCAAAGGACGAGGAAUCUGGCAAGUUUGCCUUGAAUCCCCUAGAGCCAUAUUUCGUCGUCCGGUUUGAACGCACAAUGCAUGAAACGUUUCGCCGGCGUAGGCACUUCCCGGCAACAUUGUCGUCCCUAGCUCUGUCUGAAGUCAGCAAGGACUUUGAAAACCGUUCCUUAUCCACAGAAAAUUACCGUGACCUUAUCACAUCCAGUUCUAAUAUUCGAUUGGAGUUCUUUUUGAUCUUGUACAUGAACCACAUGCAGGAUCUUCUGCUUCACGCCACGCAUGAGAUUCUCAAAUUUGCAGACAGCAAGGUAGCAGAUGGCACGAUGAAAUCUUACCGACCAAUUCUACCUAAACAUGGAUCUAUCAAGCAAUUGCUCUCUAUUCUCAAGCCAGAAGACGGAAAAUCCGACGUCGACCAGCCGUCCAGCUCUAUAUCAGAUAUUGGCCAGGGAGAAGAGCGUACUCACCUCCCAGAUCCCGAACGUCUGCCCCCAGCCAAUAUGUGGGAGAAAGGCAGUAACGUUCUUCGCUUGAUUGCUCGUGGACUAGCGUCCGAACACAGCGUCUUUGGUUUCCGUGUUACUGCUGCUUCAUUCUGUAUUGCGAUUCUAGCAUUCCUCCGGCGUACUCAAGAUUUUUUCUUUCGAAGGAGAUGCAUUUGGGCCGUGACUGUCAUUAUCAUCAGCAUGAACCCGACUAGUGGAGAAACAUUCUUGAUGUUGAUGAGCCGCAUUCUCGGAACAGCUGUCUCCUUGGUGCUAAGCCUGAUUGUCUGGUACAUCGUAGACCAGAACUUUCCCGGCGUCAUCAUCUUUCUUUACUUUGCAAACAUGAUUGAGUAUUAUUUCUACGUCAAGCAUCCGGAGAUUCUAGAACCCUGUGUUAUCGCCAUCUUGGCUCUAAAUGUGAUCAUUGCAUCCACGUUGGAAGAGCACAAGGGAGGAAGCGGGCAAUCCGCGUCAGCCGGAUUACAACAAAAGAUGCCAAUCUACAUCUUUGGCCCAUACAAACUGGCAGCGGUGAUAGUGGCUUGUGUCAUCAUCCUCUUCUGGACCAUUUUCCCAUACACAAGCACCGCAAAAUCCAAGCUACGCAGAAUGCUUGGUCAUAGUCUCUUUAUCCUGGCACAAUUCUACAGCGUGACACAUACGAGCACCGCACUAUGGAUGAGCAGUGGGCUUCCCGACGGUAUACGCGAUCGUGAAAGCCUUUCACAUCGGCUUGUAAAAAUAAUACGGAAAAUCUUCAGGAAAGAGAUGGUAUUGCUCGACGAGUUACGGAAUCACAGCCGGUUCACCGUUUUCGAGCCUUCGGUUGGUGGAAAAUUCCCGAAAAGAAUUUACGACGAUAUUAUCGCGGAGAUACAGAAUGCCUUGUCCAUACCUCCAUCACCUCCUACGGAUUAUGCCGAGGAGGCAUCUGCAAGUCAAGAGCAGCAAGAAGAAAAAGAAGAACAGGAUACCAAAAAGGAAAGACAACAAGAAGAAAGACACGAACAGAACGAAGAACCCUGGUUCACUCAACUAGGAAAAAUAGCAUUACAGACCACCGACUUUAAAUCCGCCAGAAUCUCAUCUUUCCUCUGCCAUUUAUCGGCAUCAGUCACUAAUAAUCAGCCAUUGCCCCCAUAUUUACAUACGCCACCGUCAUUUUUGUUGGCGCGUCGAAUGCAAAAGAUAAAUAAGGAAUUGCUCCAUGUGCGUCAUUUGGAAGAUCCCACCUUCUCGGCUUUCAUCUCCCUGGAGGUUCUGAGGUCGGUGCUUGCGUGGUGUAUGAAGGAUCUUCUGAGGAAUAUUAAAACAUUAGUUGGUGAACUGAACUUCGAGUAUCGCAUUUCUCAGUCAGAGACGCAUGGUGAAUCAUCGCGUUUGGUUGCUGGAAGACCACCCGGUGAGAAUGGUGAAAGUGAAGGUGACGAUGAUGAUAAUAAUACGGAUAGCAACAGUAGUGGCUAA